GACCCGGUGGAACGGAAGUCCCUGGGAGAAUCUGUGGCGACAGCGGCGGCGAGAGGAUGAACAACAAGUUCGACGCCCUGAAAGAUGAUGACAGUGGGGACCACGAGCAGAAUGAGGAAAACAGCGCACAGAAAGAUGGUGAGAAGGAAAAGGCCGAGCGGGAGAAGGGCCAGGGCAGCAGCAAGCGGAAGGCUGUCGUCCCUGGUCCAGCAGAGCACCCGCUGCAGUACAACUACACUUUUUGGUACUCGCGGAGGACUCCUGGCCGGCCCACCAGCUCCCAGAGCUAUGAGCAGAACAUCAAGCAGAUCGGAACCUUUGCUUCUGUGGAGCAGUUCUGGCGUUUCUAUAGCCACAUGGUGCGGCCUGGAGACCUGACAGGCCACAGUGACUUCCACCUCUUCAAAGAAGGCAUUAAACCCAUGUGGGAGGAUGAUGCAAAUAAAAAUGGUGGCAAGUGGAUCAUUCGACUGCGCAAGGGCUUGGCCUCCCGUUGCUGGGAGAACCUCAUCCUGGCCAUGCUGGGGGAGCAGUUCAUGGUUGGGGAGGAGAUCUGUGGGGCCGUGGUCUCUGUCCGCUUUCAGGAAGACAUUAUUUCAAUAUGGAACAAGACUGCCAGCGACCAAGCCACCACGGCCCGUAUCCGGGACACGCUUCGUCGCGUGCUCAACCUACCUCCCAACACCAUUAUGGAAUACAAAACUCACACCGACAGCAUCAAGGCCUGGGAGGAGUUUCAUGGGCUGGUGAACAGCAGCGGCCGCUGAUCGGACGCUUCCCCUCUGUCUCACACUCAGGGUAGGGCCUUGUCUAUCUUCUCUGUAACCCCGUGGCAUACCCCCUCUUCCCAAGGGGAUGCCCUAUCCCGGCUCUGGCCUCUGCCAACUCAGGAGUCCCAAACCACUGGGUCUUAGUCUCUGUGUGACCUUGGACAGGCCACGUUCCCUCCUGUGCCUGUGUACCCAUCUGGAAAACUAGCUCCGUAGCCUACUCCAUGCUGCUGUACCAAGGUGGGCAGUGGGCCAUAGUCCUCCUCUCUCACAUGUGGCUGGUACAGAGGUACCUGCCCAGGUGCUCGGCUAACAGGGUGAGUCCGUGGGCUCUGAUGUGGUUUGGGUGCGAGCUCCAGCUCCUGCCCAGUGGUGCCAGGUGUGAGCCAUGGUGAAGCAGUUCAGGGUUUUAGCAAUGACAGUGCCUGGGUAGAGUUCAGGGCCAUGUUCAAGUGGUCGCAGGCUUGGCGGUCAGUAGACCAGCAGCUGCUGAACAGCAGGAAGGGCACAGAAAUGGCAAGUCCCAUCAGGGACAUGCACAUCACAGCUAAGAGGGGGCGGCUGGUAGCUGGGUGUGCAGGUUCCAGAAGAAUCUAAAGAGCAGCCACUGAGCCUGUGCCUACAGUGGUGCCCCCUGGGCUUGUUUUUUUAGUGGGCUGAGUCCCUUAGUGCAGAUUGGGCUUGAGUGUUUAUACAUUGCCACUUUAGAAACUUGUUAGAGUCCAGGCAGCACAGGGUUCCAGCAGAGGGGGAAGCUGUGGGCAGAGGAGCAGUGAUUGCUGGGCUAGGACAAGGUUGGACAAGGAGACCUGGAGAGGCCUGAGGCUGUAGUGGAUCGUGUAAGAGUCGCAGCCUGUUUCAUUCUGGGUUUCUUCCUGGCUGUAAGUAUUCUUAAACUUGGCCAAGCAGGGCCUGUCGUCUUCUCAUGGUGGUGUUGCCACCUUCAUGUCCAUCAGAGGUGCCUUUUGAGAUGGAGGGCCUCCUGAGUCCACAGGGCUCCCCUGCCCACAGGCCCAGUCCCCCAGAAGGAUACCAUGGGAUGGCUUAGGAAGGCACGUAUGCGUGUCAUUGCCACUCGAUAGCCUCUUGCGUUUUCUUUAUGUCAUUGCACAUGACUGUUGGCAUCUUGUGUCAUCUGACAUGCGUCACACAUGGGUCUUGCUCUUCAGCACAUGUUGGCCCCAGUCAGCUGCCAGGGGAGGGGUCUGGCCAGCACGCCCAGGAGGGGGCUCCUGUGAGAGCCCUGUGCUUGCGGGGAGUACAGGUGAUCUCAGCAGCAGAUGGUACACUGAGCUCGCUCCACUGACCACAGAGGGUCUGUAGUUUCCUGAGCUGCAUGGAGGGGCCAGCCAGAGCGGUCUGGGCAGAGCAGCUGGGAGCCCUCUGCCAGGGCCUCUCCAUGCUGGGCUGGUCACCGACGCAGUGGCAGGCCAGUCUCUGGCAAGCAAGGCAGGUGUUCUGUAAGACCACCCUGCCCCUCUGCUGUCACUUCUGCUGUCCCUCUGCUCUCCAGCAUGGCUUCUAGAACCAACACUGGUAUGUUUCUGUGAAGCACCAGGAGGCGUGGCAGGAGGCCUCACGGGGAGCUAGCUGGGCAUGUGCAGCAGGAGCCGGUUUGGACAGAGCCUACUGCCCCUUGGGAGACCUUGCCUGCCCAGGGAGGCCAGUAAAGAAAGAAUGAUUUUGUCCUUUUCCCGUACUGUGGGGCUCUGACUUCUGCACCUGCCCAGCCCUGUGCCAAGGGACAUGCACUGUAGCUGUAGUUAGUUUACUUUAAAAAAACUGGAAGCCCAUUUUAGAAAAUGUCUUGUGGCCUCUGCCACUCACUUCCUGUGUCUGUUCUUCCCCCAUGGCACUUGGCCGUCCUCCACCACCUUCCCAGGUAUGUCAGCAGGGGGCUGGAUGACAUGCUCAACAGCCAGGACUUGAACUAGCCCUCUGAUGCAGGAUCAUGUGUUACAGUGUAACCAUGGUGUCACAAUGCCAGACUUGGCAUUGGCAGCAGGCACAGACCCUCCCAGCCCCACACACCCCUCCUUUGUUCUGUUUUCCCCAACUGAGACAGCUGGCAUCUCCCAACCCUUCCCUAAGUCUCCUCCUCCCCCUUUUCCAUGUUGCCAGUGGGCCUUAGAGUGAGAAGACUUGUUAGGUUUGCUGAUUAUAGAGAAAUCCUUAAGAAGGAAAAGCCUAAACAAAUAUUAAAUGCCUGGAUGGACAUGUGAGCUGUAACUGCCAGUGCAUCUGCCCCAGAGAGUUGGUGCAACUGGGGCUCUUCACAGAGAUGAGCUGAGCUGCUGACGGCAAUGAUGGAACCCCCUAAGAGUGGGUCCCCGCUCCCAGAGUGCAUGGCACUCCCACAGGCAGGAGCUCUGACCCGCUUCCCUGCCCUGCCUCAACUGCCAGUUCCUGCGCUCCAGUGUGGGCGCAGGGGAGCGUUGUGGAGGGCAGGGUGGCUCGUCUGCAGGAAGCUUGAGAAUAGUGUCCAGAGGUGCUUGCGUUCUUCCUGCGGUGGUGUGGGCCUGCUGUGGGCCCCCUGGGGACCCGCAGAGGGCUUUUUGUGCUGUUGACACUUUAGAAGGAGGAUCGCCUGCUGAGCUCUGUAUUCGGCUUUCAGCGGGGUUGACGGUGGGGGGGGGGGUAGUUGGGGAGGGGCAGUGCUUGUAGUGAGCCCCAUGGAUGUGUGUGUGUCAGUUACAAAGUACUGGGACCCUCUGUAAGGGUACAGGGUGACAUUGGUUCUACCCCUUUGAGUGUGCUGGGCGAGGGGCUGUUGUCCCUGUCAGCCUGCCCCAUCAUGCACAUCGCUGACAGCCAGUGGUGACAGCAGACUGGCUUCCCAUUGUCGCUGCUGAGCUUUGCCCUGCACUGAUUGCAAUACUCCCAGUUCAUUGUAGCAGUCUUAGAAUGGGCUGGUUGAAAGCCACAGCUAGUAGUGCAUCCCUCGGGAAUCACAGGGAAGUACUGACUCCAGAAGCCAGCAUAAGGAGAAUUUCUCUUUCCAACAUUUUUAACAAAUUCAGGGCUCGAGCACCAGGCCUGGGCAGCAGCUGAUGGUCUCAGUGGUCUCAGCCCACAGCCUUGUCCACCUACAUCCCGUGUUGGAGUGGUGGGGUUCGAGGCCUGGUUCCUGAUUCCGGCUCCCUGCUAAAUGUGUCCCCUGGUGGGCAACAGGUACUGACAUAGGACUUGUCCCUGCCACCUCUGUAGGAAGCUGAAUCGAGUUCCUGGCUGCUGGUUUCAGCCUGGCCCAGCCCUGGUUGGUGUGGGCAUUCAAGAAUCAGAGAUCUCUGUUUUUGCAUCUCUCAAGGGAAUUAAAUACAUUUUCAUAAGUGAAUCAGUCAGUAAGUAAAGUAUAUGUUCUUGUAAGUGAAGCCCUGCCAGUUCUAAGAUUUUGAGGCUCUUGUGGUAAGGUGACCUGCCAGUUGCCAGUACAGUACACCCGUAGAUUUCCAGUGUGGGACAGACAGUUCCUGCAGAGUAGCGUGGCCUGAGAGGGCAGCAGGGCCACACCUGAAUCAGACAUCUGUGCAUGCAAUUGCGAAAUGAGAGCGAAGGGCAUCUCCUGGCAUCACCUUUCCUUCUAGAAGCAGCUCUGCAUUUAAAGCUAAGAAUGUGUGUCCAUUUGGUUAGCUGGGGAGGUGGCAGGGCUUGGCUCCUGUAAUCCAGUCAUGUGGUUGAUUUGAAGUUGAGGCGAGGGAGACUCCUCAUCUGCCAUCCCCACCUGCCCAGUUCCCACUGUGCCCUGGCCUCAAGUGACCACUGGAGCUAGGUUCUUGUGUAGUCUGAUUUCAGAGUUUUCUUAACCCAGACACCAGCAGCUAGGAGUGGGGCUGUGUGUCCCCCAGUCCUUCCAACUCCUGUGCACCUGAGGUUAUCAGGUGGCUCGGCCAUCUGCAUUCAGUAGCAAGCCCUUCUGUGCAUUUGUACUGCCAGUGAGUGCCCGGUGUUGUGUGAUGGGACUCCCAUGGCCUGGGAGGUGGGCUGCUGCAGGUGUGAGCAGGCAGGAAGCUCCAGGGGUGUGCUGAAAGGGGGAAUGGGUCCGGUGCCCCGUGCAUGCGUGACUGUCAAGAUGAUCCCUGUAUUGAAUGCUCUAUUUUCUCCCAUUUUUUUUUC